AUGGAUUCGAAUAUCGACCCUUCAAUUGCAGAACUGGAGUUAUUCCAUGUAUCACCAUCGCUUGAACGUACAACUAAACAUCACGCGGGCAUAUCGGGUGGAGAAGUUGACAGAGCAGAAGAUGAUCAUGUUUCGAUACCGAAUGUCUUCAGAUUGAACGAAUAUGUUGCAGAUCAUCAUGCCACUAGCAACGAUCAUCAUCAUGAAGACAACGACUCUACAGCGGCGGCUGCUUUAAAUAUGAUUCAAUUCAAUAAUUUUGACGAAAGUCAUGUAGAGGAUACAAAUAAUGAGCGUGAAGGACAUAAUAAUUUAGGGACAGGGGCACAUUUCAACCAUUUUUCAGAUGAACAGAUACUUCAGGAUGAUACGCAUCCCUAUGAUGUGGGCCAACCUCAGGCAAAAGCAGCCGUUAAGGUUGUUCCGUAUAAUCCGUCGGAGAAAACAAAAAGAUUGGGAAGACCCCGUAAGAAUCUUUCAAAUACACUAGCGACCCCAGAAAACUCAUCCUCUCAGAAUUAUAACGAAGCCGUAGUGUCCAAAUUCAGGUUAGACAGAUUACCUUUGGAAGGACCAGGUUCGCGAGGAGGAAAACUGGGAGCUAGAAGAAGUCCACGAGGACGAAUCACCUCAGGUUCUAUUAAGAAACGAAAACAACAGGCUUUAUUAGGGAGUAUGACAAGUGUGGAUGCCAAUGGUAAUAAGACAUCGAUGGUUACUUUAGAAGCAAAGCCACCUACAGUAUACGAUCUGUCUCAAAGCAAGGAAGAGAUAACUGAAGAAGUACUUAAUACGACGCAAAAUGUUGAAGACGAUAUCGAAAUACAAUCCCCGGCAUCUAUGCUAAGGAAACUGAAAUAUGUGACAUUUGAUGCAUAUGACGGUAGAAGCGGUCAAAAUGAUUCAGGCCACGAUAAAAUUCCAAGUUCGAAUAUAACUGAAGCAGUCAAGGAAGCUCAAAGAGGGCUGGUCAGAAACGAACAAAAUAUAAUUCGGCAAGUUAGAAAGCGUAUACCGACAACCGCAAACCAAAAAAAGAACCGUCCAUUUCGAGGAUCCUCUAGAGUUACAAACACAAGUCGUACUACUGUGCGUAAUAAUCGUCAUAGACCAACAAGGCAUUUACCGGGUCCUGUAAUUGGAUUAUACUAUGAUUUAUAUGAUGAUAACAUUUUGCAGGCCCAGCAGAAUAUUGAGCCAGCUUCGGAGAAACUAGCUCUAGGAUUUCCUAUAGUUAAGUCGCCAUACGCAAAUGAGAUAUCAUACAUUAUAGCCUAUUUGAACAAGUUUAAAGAAGUUAUAUUUGGUGAUAAUGUAGUAAAUUUAGGGCCCCAGGAUAUAGAGUCUGGAUUAAGCUUACCUCCUCUUCGAGGAACCGGUGAGAUACACGAUAGGUUCAAUAGCAGGUUGAUAGAAAGCUCCAAUGUUGACGAUUCGACGGAUACUUCCCCAAUAAUUAACAAAUUAUUCUGUCGGUUGUUAACGUUAGUUUUAAACAGAAAAAAAGAAGUCAACCCAGUGUCCCCCUCAAAGGCGAUUGCAGAGUUAAAGUCGAUGGCUUUAUAUCUUGGGCUUCCGAAAGAAUGGAGAGAUGAUAACGGUAUUUUAGACAAAAAGAAAAUGCAGGUUGCAAAAGAUGUUGAACCAGUUGAUAAGGAUAAAUCAGAAAUUUUAUCUAAUGAUUAUUACACUUAUCAGCUGCCGUCUGCUAAAACUAACCCUUUCAAUAACUCGCCAGAUUUUGAAUCGAUGGGGCUCCAAGGUAUUCAAAAUCCCAUGGAUAGAUUAUUAAUGCUCCGCUGUUUAAUGCAAUGGUCUUUGACGACCUCUGAUGUUAUAAAAAAUGUGAUUACCCAAAGCCUUCAAAAUCAGGAUAUUUCUGGAGAGAAAGAAACGUCUUACGCUGCAAGGUCGAUAUUGAAGGGUUUCAAGAAUACAGAAGAAGUGAGAAGAGAAUGUGAAUUAAAGAUUAAUAAAAAGCAUAGUGGGUCUCAGAAUGAAGUUCGUGAAACUCCUGAAAAUGAUAUUGUUGCAAAAUAUGUUGAUCCUACUUCAGAUCCAUUGGCUCAUAGUAUGAGAUUGAGAUUAGAUGAACUAUUUGCUGGAGACAUUGGUUUUAAUAUAGGUAGGUUCUACCUCUGCAGAAUGGCCGACACAGACAACGGUGGAUUGGCCUCAAUGAAAAAAAUGGCAUAUACGUGGAAUAACAUAAAUGAAAUCGCAUCUUGUUUGCCGUCAAAGUUUAAGUUAUAUGUACAAGAUGUACAUCAAAUGCUUACGGAAUCUUUAACAAAAGAUGGUGUGGAGUUUGACGAGAAUGGUGAAGAACUUGAAAAUCUACCUGUCGAAGAUUCUAUUCAUUGGUAUGAAGUUGCGUCUAAUGCAAAUGAAUUGACAGAAUUUGUGAAAUUUUUAUCCAUGAAAUUGGAUUUAGAAAACUCCCCAGAACCGAUCUCUCGAUUAUCGAAGACAUCAAUGAUCUACAAACCAGUAUUAAAUAUGUAUAAUUACUUGUCUUCAAGUGUACCCUUAAUAGCUAAUCAAGAAAAAUUGGACACAGAUUCUAGAUCAUCUAGAAAUAAAUCUGUUGAUUACAAAUAUGAUUAUGCUGCGAAUAUGGACCAAGAGGAAGAUGAAGACGAGAUUAUUGUAGAGCAUGCUGAAGUAGAGAAAGGUGAUGACGAUGAUUAUGAAGAAGAGGAAGAUGGAAACGAUGAUCAAGAUUAUUUGGAUUAA